ACCUGAUAAGCUGAUACCGCGAUAAUUAGAUACGCAGCGCGCGCUGUUAUCUUCAAUCUUCAUUUUCCUCAUCCAAGACAUCUGAAAAACCACAAAAGCCAUGAGAGCAACCGCUCUCGUCCUCUCUCCACCACCACUCUCCACACGCACCCCUCUCCUCCUCCUCCACUCUCAGCACCCCCUCCUCCCCUUCCGCUCCCUCAAGCCCAAACCCCUCCCCAAACACCCCCUAAUCCUAUCCCCGUCCCCAAACACCCCAUCCUUCCUCGUCCGCGCCGACGACGGCGACGGUGACAGCGCAGGCCCCGAUGAAUAUGACAUGGACGACGAAGAGCUCGAGGAAGUCGACAACAAGAAGGACUUCGACAUUGAGUACGACACUCUCGCUGCCGCCGCAGCAGCCGUUGCUGCCGCCAACGGCGAAGAGGACAUCGCCAUGGUGCAGAGCAAGAGCUUUGUGUUUACGCAAGGCUGGGACUCGGAGAUGGUCGUCGAUUAUCGGAUUAACGAAGACGAGUUUCACAAGAUUAGCUUGCUCGAUUGCGAUUUCUUCAUAAGGAAGCCCCCCGAUCCCGAUAAUGACGUCUAUGAUUUCAGAGAGAUGUAUGUUACUCCUCCGGACACAGAUGUUUAUGCAAUUCCCAGGGUUUUAGCUCCAAUGCCUCAGAAGUACAUUCGCUGUGCCAAGAGUGAUUUUAGCUGCUACAAUGUGACAGAGCCACCAAUUGAUGCUCCUAGAGAUCCAUUGUAUAAGUCUGAGCGGGAUGUUUUAAAGGUUUACUUGACAAAGCACUACAGGAACCGGAGGUUGGGCGACCCUGAUUUUGUUCUGGAUUUUGAGGAGAUUUAUGUGAUUGAUUCCAAAACAAAAUCUAUAAGCAGAGCAAAAGUUCUGGUCAGUGUUCCAGGGGGAAGAAGCAGAGAUAGAAGGCAUGACCUGCUUGUAAUACGUGAUAAUGGCAACUCCUUCAGAAUAAUUCAUGGGAGUGAAAAGGAUGAUCCCACCACAGUAAUAGAGAGGGAAGAGUGGAAUAAGACCAGACAGGACAUGGAGAGGCAUCUUAGCAAGCUACGGGACUUCAGUGUUUCAAAUUGGUUCUAGUCCAUCAGCAGAAUUUAGAGAUAACAUCAUGAAGGCACAUGAGCAACAAAAUGUGGAUUCCCAGAGGUGACUGCAAAUAUGUUGAUGUUGGACUUUCAAGAUAUAUUAGCUAUCCUGAGCACAUAAUAUUGAGUUUAUGAUGCUCUAUAUGAGAAGGUCCUCGUUGCUGAUAUUUUGGCAAGCACUUGUGCUAUAAAUUUUGUAAAGUAGAAAUGUUGAGUUGAUGCUGAAUAUCAAAGUUACUUUGUGGUGCAGGUAAGCAUUUAUGUAGCUUGACCUUGUUGUAAUGUUGAAGUAGUCCAAAUUUUUUUCUUUCUUAACUUUUAAAAAUACAUUAUGAGAAUACUAGGGUUGGUUGCACGUGAUUGA